CUCCGACAGGGGGGAACCGGGUGCACCGGAAGCAAACGCUCCCAUGUUUUUUUUUUUUUUAACAGUCCCUUUACUACCUACUGCCUUCAUCCUAUAGUGGUGCUACAAAUGACUGCUUUAAUUUCUUCAAAGAAAAGCUCCAAGAUGUAAUUACUCCAAUCCACCAGGUGACGCUGUGCUGACAUCAUCACCGGUUGUUGACCAAUCAUCGGUGUCCUGCAGUUUGAACAAGAAGCGGGUCGAGCGGACGCUGAUUCAUGUAGGAAAAUAAUGAACGAGAUACAAAAAAUUAUAACAGAUAACGCUAUCAAUCAUGGAAAUGAGUUAAAACAGCUAUUUAGAUGGAGUUUCGUCGUCACUGUUAAUACGUUGUAAGGUUGAUAUAGUUAUGCUAGUUUUUUCAGCACGAUGAACAGUUAGCAAAAGGUCGAGCUGUCUAGCUAAUUUAAACUUGACUGACGGAUGUUAACGUUGGUCUCAUCAGGGUUAGUAAAUGCUUUUGAGCCAGUCUUUUGCCCGUUGAUGUAAGUUUGGCUUAUUAGCACGGUUAUAGCUGUAAUGUCAACCAUGAAGCCUUUAAAACCUUUAUAUCUGAAGACAUACGGUAAGCAGAAGCGAAAGCUGUCCGCCUGGAUCUCACCUGAAAACCGCAAGCAGGCCUUCGAUAGCACACGCUCAACAGACGGCGACACCUCCGUCUUUGAACCCGCAACAACUACGAGGAUAAGAGAGAGGAAGAAUAGUGUUGCUAGUCAUAGAGCGGAGCGUCCUGCCAAGAAAAAGGCCAUGCUAUGUCUGACUCAGAAGAGCUGUGAUGAGGAGAAUAUCCCCUCUCCUUCCUGUCCUCAGCCUGUUCAGCAGAGCAAGGCGACCAGAAAGAGAACGACUAGUGUUGCUAGUCGUAGAGCAGCGCGUCCUGCCAAGAAAAAGGCCACGUUAUGUCUGACAGAGACCAGCAGUGAUGAGGAGAACAUCAGCAGGCUCUCUCCUCCCCGUCCUCAGCCCGCUCAGCAGAGCAAGAUAACCAGGAAAAGCCGGCUUGUGUCUGUGCCAGGAGUCUUGAUGAGGCAGAAAGGCAAGCAGGAUCCAAGGACCAGCGAGACUGAGGAAGACCCGAUGUCCACUGCAAAAUGUCGGAAAAAUUCAGUUAAAAUGAAGACAGACUCUAAUGUUCAUCUUUCCUCUGCGGGCCGCUUUGUAACCCGCCGCAGACGUGCUUUUGCUGCCAAACCCAAACUCCCUAAAGCAACAUUCAAUAUACUCAACUCGUCAGAUGACUUUACUUCUGGAGCCUUUGGUUCCAGUAGGAUUCUUCAGCCUUCUAGGAGGAGGAGGGGCCCCCCAGCAUUUGUUGUGUCAAGUGCAGAGAACUCAGUGAAUGCAGCGGGGACUGCCAGCUUUGCCACCAACCCCUUUCGAGAGCUAUCCCUCAAUGAGUCGGCAGAUCACAGCCUAGGACCCUGCCCCAGGAAACCCAUCUUUUGCUCUACACCCUCAGCAGGCUCCUUCAACAAACGGCCACACCUUAAACUUGUAUCUAUCAAUGAUCAAUCUUCCACCCCUCCAUCCAUGUCAGUAAGCUGUAUAGGUGUCUUGAGCACAUUCCAAGAAGACCUGGAUUCGCCGUGGAAGGCCGUCUCCCCACCACUUUGUGCACCACCCAUUGGGCUUUAUUCUGAGGAGAAGCCGCAGUCGAGCCUUGGUGAGCAAGAACCUCCUGGUGAUUUAUUUAUGGAGCCCAAGAGCACUAAGAAGAGAAGUGGCUGUAGUGAGCAAGUCAAAAGCCACAGUGAAGACAUAAAAACCAAGAAUGUUGGGGAAUUACCAAGUCUAAAUCUGCUCUCUACAGAUGCCAGUGAAAGCAGCAGUCAUUUUGAGUCAGCAGCAGGAGGGUUAGAGUGGCUGAUAGAGGCUCUAAAGGAGAAAUGUUUGACCGAUCGCUGCACAGUGCAGCUCGAAAGAUUGGACAAACUCACUGUGACUCAGCUUUACGGUCAAACAACCUACUCAUCCUGUUUGGGACUUUCAAGCUCAGUCUGCAGCCAGCAAACAAAUGAACAUCCACUGUCUAUGGACAGCGGUCAAAGUGUUGACCUUUCACAGUCUUCAGAACCAUCAUUUAAUCUUCAUUUAUCUGUGACUAACAAUAAAACCACUGAUUAUUUACAGUCUCCUGAAGAUGCAGAUUCAGUGACUGACAGUCAAAGCACUAACAAUUCACCAUCAGUUGACUGUAAGCAGUCCGCUGAACACCGAUGCACACAGGAAUCCAUGGAGCAGUCAGCAGCAGUACUUUAUGUUGAAUCUACCCACCACACAGACAGCAGCGUUGAGUUUAUCAUGGGUACACAAUUACCAGCCAACAGCCCUGUGCAAGCGCUGUUUACUGAAGAGGAGACUGUAACAGUAAAGGACAAAUGUCUCACUAAGAAAUGCACAGUUCAGCUCAAAAACUGGGCUUCGUCACAACUGACUGUUCAGCAGCUCAAAGGGUUUAUGGAGCAGAAAGAGGCAGGUUUGGCUUGUUGCAUGUCCGCUAAUCCAGAUGCAAACAAGUCAGAAGAUCUCACAUGUUCUGGAGAAAUCACUGAGAGAAUGAUGGCGUCUGUUAGACAGUCAGUAAGCAGUCUAGUAGCUCAGACACAGUCUAAUGACCCCGAAACAGAAGAAAAGGCAGCUGUGCUGAAGGAGAAAUGUCUAACUGACAGACUCAUUGUUGAGAUGAAGAGAGUAACUUUAUCACAAUUGAAAGAAAUUCUGCAGCUCAAAGACACAAAACUUAAAUCACCCACAGAUGUGUCUGACUCAGCCAGUGAUGACCAGACAAAGAAUGACCACCAGUCUGGGAGUGACACUAAUCACUGUAAUGAAGACACUUUUGCCAUGAAAGUCAAUAUGAAAAAAAGAGGCUCAACUAGUUCUGAACAAAAGAUUGCUUCAGACAAAGAAGAAGUUGUAAAGAACUCCUGCAACAUUCCCCACAAAAGAAAAAAGACCUCUCUGGCUCCUAAAGAAAAGAAAAGGAGGAGCACGUCCGCUGACCGUCCUGGGACGACCAGGAAGGCGUGUGUGAGCGGUCUGAACGUGAGUCGCUGGAAAAACAAAGGCAACGCCAGCACCCACAUGUUCAGGAGCAGGACUGCACAGACAGGCGGCAACAAGGCUGUGGACUGCAGCAUCAAUGAGCUGAUCUCCACACAACACAAACAGCCAAGGGAGCUGUUGAGAACUACCAUGAAUUUCUCCACCCCGGUGAGAGCGAGUCGGCUCAACCUCUCGUCUCUGUUGGCUGACUUCACACCUAACACACACACCUGGAGCCGACUCAAAGCAGCCCUCUCUGUUCAUCGCAAGGGAAUGGUGCUACUCACUCCGAGGAGUUCACGUCUGUCAGUGUCAGGCUCUCCUGGAAGAGUGGAGCUAGCAGAUGUCAGCCAGGAUCUCUUUUCCACACCCUUUCGGACACCACUCCCCAAACGUCUCCGGUCACAGCUGCUGAGCUGCAAUUCUCUGGUUGAGUGUGAGGAUGAAGAUCUGUCAGAUGCAGAGAAGGUGUAUGCCGAGUGUGGCCAGCAGCACCCUCUGCCCUGGGAGGAGUGUAUACACCCUCAACGUAUGAAGCAGUGUGUGAAGAUAGGGGAGGGGACCUUCGGUGAGGUCUUCUCCACCACCAAUGCCUCAGGAGACACUGUUGCACUCAAAAUCAUUCCAUUAGAGGGCAGUGAGAAGGUGAAUGGAGAGGACCAGAAGACCUUUGGAGAGAUUCUCCAUGAGAUUAUUAUCUCAAAGGAGCUGAGCAGCCUGAAAGAGAAGCAGCAGAACCAGACUCAUGGAUUUAUUGGACUCAACGACCUCCACUGUGUUCAAGGUUGCUACCCUCCAGAUUUCAUGAAUGCUUGGGACUCCUUUGACCAGCAGAAAGGCUCUGAGAAUGACAGACCAGAUUUCUUUGAAAAGGAUCAGUUGUUCAUAAUCCUGGAGUUUGAGUUUGGAGGCAUCGACCUAGAGAACAGCAAUGGAACGCUGGCAUCUUUAGGGGUGGCGAAGAGCGUCCUUCAUCAGGUUACUGCUGCCUUGGCUGUCGCUGAGCAGCAGCUAUGCUUUGAACACAGGGACCUCCACUGGGGCAAUGUGCUGGUCAAAACAACCAAACAAAAGACGGGGAGCUUUGUCCUGAACGGAGCAGCCCGCUCUCUGGACACUAAAGGGGUGCUGGUCCGCAUCAUUGACUACUCUCUCUCCAGACUAGAAAUUGAUGAUCUGACGGUGUCCUGCGAUAUCUCGAAGGAUGAGGAGCUUUUCAUGGGCCAGGGGGAUUACCAGUUUGAUAUCUACAGACUGAUGAGACAGGAGAAUGGAAACAACUGGAGUAACUACCACCCUCAUACCAACGUGCUGUGGCUCCACUACCUUUGCUCCAAGCUGCUUUCCAUGAAGUACCGGGGCUCGGGAGGGAGGGGUGCCAAGGACAUACGAGUGGAGCUCACUCGUUUCUAUGACAACGUCCUCCAGUACAGCUCUGCCACUGAGGCACUGCAAAACUGCCCCAUGUUUCAGUAGUAUGUGAGCACUGAACAUGUGAAGUGUGAGGAUGCUCACACAGACUGUUUUAGAGUGAAGAAGGUACAAAGUGUCUGGGUGACUUAAUGUACAGUGUAUAAAGAACUGUCAUUUGACAAAAGUUAUUAAAGUGACCAUUUGAAAGUGA